AUGGAGGCGAGCAUGUCUCUAAACGCACUGGUUAGGCUUCCUUCAUCAAGAACAAUGUUAAUGCACGAAGAUGGAGGAGGGUUAGUGAAGCACUCACUCUUCUCUUCCAGGAAGACUACAGAAACAUCUCAAAAGAGGCAAGUUCAAGGCCACAUGUCAUUGGUUGUUAAAGCCAAAGGAAAGAAAGGAAUGCAAGCACGUCAGUUUCAAAGAGCUCCAGCACCUUCCUUGCCCAAGAUUGAAGAUGAUGGCAACCCCAAAUUUCUUAUCUUCAUUCGCAUGGCCAAUGUUUAUCUAUGGUACCCGCUUAGUCUUAUAACAGGUGGUACUACUGCCAAAAUCAUGGUUGCUGCCAAAGAUAAUUUUUUGGGAAAGUAUAUCUACAAAGAUACUCUUGCUCGAAAUCUUGCUGCAGUUAUUUACAGAGAUGAGAAGGAGAUACAGAAGACGGCAUUUAAGCAGCAUCGAGUAUUGCGGUCAGCGACUGAAUUCAGAUACGGUUACAAGCUCGUUGAAAAUGGUAACUUGAGAGCUGCGCUUUCUACAACAGAUGUCAUUGAGCUUCCAACUCAAGACAAAUUAAAAACAGUGGUUGAUAAAGUGAAAGAUUUCUUUGGCGAUGCAAAAGAUUCUUUUGGGAAGCUUACAGCACUAAACUCAACCGCUACUGAAGAUGAAGAACUUUCAAAAGAAAAGGCCAAAGUAAGUUAG